UCUGUAACCUCAACAUCCAAGUUUCCAACCUCACAUGCUCCUAUCAAGUCUAUUUCAGAUAACAACAUCGUAAAUAACUCUUACUUUGACUAUCCUACACUGAUGAUGUUGGUGGUGAUCUCUAGCAGUCAAGGACGGCUGCUCUUUUUAUUCCCUAUAUACCAUCCACAACUUGGGAUAUCUCUUCCUCUCUUUCAACUUGUGGAGGAUUAAGCCAUGGCUGUAGGAUUAGCUGUAUCAAGUGAAGAUGGGCAGUAUAAUGGUAGGAUUACCUCGUUUGUUAUCCUGUCUUGUGUGGUAGCUUCCAUGGGAGGACUUAUUUUUGGUUAUGACAUUGGAAUUUCAGGUGGAGUGACAUCCAUGGAACCUUUUCUCAAGAAAUUCUUCCCAGAAGUGUACACUAGAAUGAAGGAAGAUACCAAGAUUAGCAACUACUGCAAAUUCGAUAGCCAGAUUUUGACCUCCUUUACAUCAUCACUCUAUGUUGCUGGGCUUGUCGCUUCCUUCUUUGCCUCAUCAAUCACUCGACACUUCGGGCGCAAACCAUCAAUCCUUGCAGGAGGUUCUGCAUUUCUUUCUGGUUCUGCCCUCAAUGGGGCCGCGAAUAAUCUGUACAUGCUAAUAUUUGGCCGUGUCCUUCUUGGAGUUGGAGUUGGUUUUGCAAACCAGUCAGUUCCCUUGUAUCUCUCUGAAAUGGCACCUCCAAGAUAUAGAGGGGCAAUCAACAAUGGCUUCCAACUCUGCGUCGGUAUUGGGGUGCUCUCGGCUAACUUCAUCAACUUUGGCACAGAGAAGAUUGAAGGUGGUUGGGGUUGGCGAAUCUCGCUAGCAGCGGCGGCAAUCCCUGCCACAUUCCUAACAAUAGGUUCCCUUUUCCUACCAGAGACACCCAACAGCCUAAUUCAACGCUUCAACGACGAACAAAAGGUCAAAACCAUUCUACAACGCAUCCGUGGCACAACCGAUGUCGAAGCAGAAUUUAAUGAUCUUAUCAAAGCAAGCUUUGUUUCAAAAUCCAUUGAACAUCCAAUCAAGAAAAUCAUACAAAAAAAAUAUAGACCACAACUAGUCAUGGCAAUAGCAAUACCAUUUUUCCAACAAGUAACAGGUAUCAAUGUCAUUUCAUUCUACGCUCCAAUCCUCUUCCGAACUAUAGGUCUAAACGAGAGUGUGUCGCUCAUCAUGUCCGCGCUGAUAGCUGGGGUCGUCGGCACUGCUUCAACGUUCCUAUCGAUGCUCGUAGUGGACAAACUUGGCAGAAGAGCAAUGCUCAUAUGCGGCGGCGUACAAAUGUUCGUGUCACAGAUUAUGAUUGGAAGUAUCAUGGCAGCCCAACUAGGUGAUCAUGGCAGCAUAGACAAAGGGUACGCUUAUUUUGUUCUGGCUAUGAUAUCCAUAUAUGUAUCUGGCUUUGCUUGGUCAUGGGGUCCAUUGGGAUGGCUAGUUCCAAGUGAGAUUUUUCCUUUGGAAAUUCGAUCGGUGGGGCAAAGCAUUGUGGUGGCAGUGAAUUUCGUCUUCACUUUCGUUGUUGCACAGACAUUUCUGGCUAUGCUUUGCCAUUUCAAGUCAGGGAUUUUCUUCUUUUUCGGUGGAUGGGUGGCAGUGAUGACUGCCUUCGUGUAUUUGUUGUUGCCUGAGACUAAAAAAGUCCCGAUGGAGGUAAUGGAUAGAGUGUGGAGGGAGCAUUGGUUUUGGAAGAGAAUUGUAGAGGAAUUUCAUGACUAGAGUGAGAUGGAACCUGCUUGACUUCAACUCCACAAGAUCAUUUGUGCCUUGGCCUGUAGUUUUUGUCAAGAAAUGGGAACAUAUCCAUGCUUGAAUGUGUGAUCCUCUAGCCCACUUGGUUUGCAGAAAUGGAAAUGAGGAAAAGGCUUCUGCUUUCCGAGGGUGUCU